GCAUAAAAACCCACAGCACUCUUCAAUCUGAUGUACUGUUGCAUCACGAGCAUCUCCAAGCCUCCAGCUCUCUCUUCUCAGAACAGAACAAGACCAACCAUGAGCCACUCUUCAAUGCAUACCUCAACUUCCUACAGGCGCACCUUUGGAAGCCCACACCCCAUCGCCAUGUCCUCUUACUCCCCUGUAUCCUCCCGUAUGCCCAUUUCUGGGGGUCGCUAUAUGCGUUCAAUGUCACCCGUGGUUGCCUCCCGCUCCACCACCUACCAACAACAGCGUUCUCGCUCCACUGCCCAACCACCUCGCCUCUCCUACGACAAGGUGGACUUCACCCUGUCUGAAGCCAUCAACCAGGAGUUCCUAACCACCCGCAGCAACGAGAAGGCCGAGCUGCAGGAGCUCAACGACCGCUUUGCCAGCUUCAUUGAGAAGGUGCGCUACCUGGAGCAGCAGAAUGGUGCACUGCAGCAGGAGCUCAACCAGUUCAAGGGCCAGCAGCAGCACGGUCAGCCCAGCCGUGCCUCUGAGAUCUUCCAGGAGGAAGUAAGGGACCUGCGCCGCCAACUGGAUGCCACCGGAAAGGAGAGGGACCAUUACCAAGUGGAGAGGGACAACCUGGCGGAAGACUUGGUCCUGCUCAAGCAGAGGUUGGAGGAAGAGGCCCAGAAGAGGGCAGAUGCUGAGCAUAACCUGGUUGCCUUCCGCAAGGAUGUGGAUGAUGCCACAUUGUCCCGUCUGGAGCUAGAGAGGAAGAUCGAGUCUCUGAUGGAUGAGAUUGAAUUCCUCAAGAAGCUCCAUGAUGAAGAAAUCCAGGACGUACAAGUGAGUGUCCAGACCCAGCAGCUGAAGAUGGAGGUGGACAGCAGCACCGCCAGGCCUGACCUAACUGGUGCGCUGAGGGAUAUCCGGGCCCAGUAUGAGACCAUUGCCUUGAAGAACAUGCAGGAAUCUGAGGACUGGUACAAGUCCAAGUUUAAUGAUCUGACUGAGUCUGCAAAGCGCAACACUGAUAAUCUGAGGCAGGCCAAGCAGGAGGCCAAUGAGUCCAGGAGGCAGAUUCAGUCUCUUAGCUGUGAAAUUGAUGCACUGAAGAACACGAACGAAGCUCUGCUGAGGCAGAUGCGUGAAAUGGAGGACCAAUUUGGCAAUGAGAUUGGCAACUACCAGGACAAUGUAGGAAGGCUGGAGGAUGAGAUCCGCCACCUGAAGGACGAGAUGGCUCGCCACCUUCGGGAGUACCAGGACCUCCUCAAUGUCAAAAUGGCUUUGGACAUUGAGAUUGCAACUUACCGUAAACUGCUGGAGGGGGAGGAGAGCAGGAUUACUGUUCCCAUGCUCAAUAUUGGAAUGAGCAGUUACCAAGGCGAACGAGACUACGAACACACUCCAGGCAGCAUGAGCAAGAGGACUGUGGUGAUCAAGACCGUUGAGACUAGAGACGGAGAGGUGGUGAAGGAAUCCAGGAGGGAGAAGGACAGAGAGUCAGUCCAAAACGACAAGGAUGACAAGGACGACGAGUAGAAAAAAACAACUAGUAGAAAGUGUGAAGACCAAGGCCACGAAAGAAAA